CCUGUUUCUCAGCAUGACUGAAGAGAGAGAAGCACUGGAGAAAGGGAGAGAGAAUGUGGGAGUUAGAUGAUGAGAGAUUGUGUGUGUGAGAGCGAACGAGAGAGAGAAUAGUUGUAUAAAAGUGGAUGUAAAUAGUUGUGUGUGUGUGAGAGAGAGAGAUGGAGAAAAAGUGAACAGCCGAUAAAACAACAUAACCGAUGCAAAAUUGACAUGAAAAUGAAAAUCAUAAGUUGACUGUGCUUUAUUUGUCUUUGGAGAGAAUAAACCAAAUCAUGUUAAAUUUAUUAUUUGAAUGAUUAAUGGAUGGAGGAUAAUAACUUGGAACUAAUCGGUAGAUUUACUACGAACACUUCCACUACAGUAGCUGUUGUUAUCGUUACUAUUCUUAUUCUUCCUCUUCUUCUUCUUCUUCUUCUUAUUAUUAUUAUUAUUAUUAUUAUUAUUAUUAUUGUUUUCACUAUUGUUUUAGUUGUAGUAGUAGUAGUAGCAGUAGUAUUCGAUCUGUUUACUUUGUUAUUUGAUUAUUUGCUUUUCAUCAGGAAUUUUCGGUUGUCACGUGAGUUUAUUAUGUUUGUGAUUAUUAUUAUUACCAUUACCAUUAUUAUUAUUAUUAUUAUUAUUAUUAUUAUUAUUAUUGGCACUGUCUUUGUUAUUGUUAGUGUUGAUGAUUUUUUACUAAUCACAUGACUUGUUGUUGUUGUUGUCCUUGUUAUAGACAUUCGAGAAUAAACUGAUAAAAGUACUAGGCAAUCCACUCCUAUUUUUGUUGUUUGUUUACAAAGGAGAUUUGGUGUUCAUUGGUGAACUGAUCAAUCAUUCUUUGUCUUCCGUAUGAAUUACAGUUGAAAGUGAAUGUGAACAGGAAAUUUGAUGUGUUGGCACUAUCCCGUGACAAGUUGUUUGUCCGUUAAUCUAUUUGUUUGUCUAUCUAUCGACCAUAAUUGUUGUUGAAAUAUGGUCAAUUGUGUGAUUGGUGUUGAUUGGCAGAGAUUUGGUGAGUUGGUUGAUGUGAGUAACUCGUUCUGUUGACUUCCUUCUUCUUCUUCUUCUUCUUCUUCUUCUGUCAAACGAGUGGUGAUGAAUGCUGGUAGACGUCUUAAUUCAUUGAUACAGAAUCAUCACUGUGGAGGUGAGUUGGAUGCAUCAACUGAAGGCAGGCGAUUGUUGUUUGGACAAUUCAACAUAUUGUGUUUCCUUCCAUUCAAAAAAUGUAUGUAGUAUGAAUUUACUUAAGAAUGAACACAUUAUUUAUCAGAUGGUCUUUGUGUUU